GACAGAGCUCUGCCCAUUGUGCUGAACCCGUCAGCGCUUUAUAACCUGUCACAACAAAAACAACUGCACUGAAUGCAUCUCGAGGCCGUCGUGGGAUCAUCGGUGCUUAGGUUAAAUUGAGGAGUCAUGAAGGAUCCAAGUCGUAGUAACACAAACCCAAACAUGAUAAAUGAAGAUUUAAUUAUAAAUGGGUACAAUCAUGAAGAUGACAAUCCCUUCUCUGAAUACAUGUGGAUGGAAAAUGAAGAGGAAUUUAACAGACAGUUUGAAGAAGAACUGUGGGAAGAAGAGUUUAUUGAACGCUGUUUUCAAGAGAUGCUAGAUGAGGAGGAAGAGGAGUGGUUUAUUCCAGCACGGGAUCUACCACAAACAAUGAGUCAAAUUCAAGACCAGUUGAAUGAUCUUGUAAUUGGUGAUAGUUCUUCAGUGGAUGAUCUUGUGGUCAAGAGUAAUCUGAACCCAAAUGCGAAAGAAUUUGUUCCUGGUGUGAAGUAUUAAGUAUAUAAAUAAUCUGGGUCCUGUCUUGGUGGAUGUAGCACAAUUUCCACACUGUGAAGCCAGUAUUAGAAGAUAAUUGUAAAAGCUCUCUCUUCUUGUCACUGUGUUACACUUAUGCAUUGCCAAAGUUUUGUUAGUCUUGCAUGCUUAAAGUGCUGAGACUGUUAUUAAGUAAAAGACUUUUAAACCUAUUUUAAACACUAUACAGCUUAGCCCUGCAUUGAUUUUGUUGAAACUCUGAAAGUGUGAAGCACCAAUCAAAUUAUAUUUGCAGCCAAAUGAUCCUGUCCUUUACCUUCCUUUGCUUUUAAUAGUUGUAUGUCUUUAAUGUGACAUUUCUUUUCCAUUUGCAUCUGUUUAAAUGCCUUAAAAUUUCACACAAGGAUACUACAUCAUUAUCCAACUACUCAUCAUUUUUUGUUAAAAAAAAUGUAAAUGUUCUCUGAUUUAAUUUACCUAAAUGAUGCCUUCUCAAUAUAUACAAAUAUUGGGAUCAUUCAGGCUUUUUUUUGGCUAACAGGGAAUAAUUUGUUGUAAUAAAGAUGCUUAAGAUGGAUUAAUCACCUAGAAUUCACUUUUCUCAAUUUAUCUGCACAAUGCAGAGUUUAUCUCUGGUUUUAUGUACUUCAGUACAUAGUCAUAUCUAUGUAAAUGUUAAAAUAUGACAUAGAUAAUUUUCACCAAAUACCUUUAGUAUUAAUAAUUUGAGUGGUGCUUUACUUUGCAAUGUUUCAUUUACCACUACAUAAUGGUCUGCAGCACAACUUGAGUCCCCAUUUUAAUAGAUUUUUGCUUCUUAAACUUCAUAUGUAGGUAGAUUAAGCUGCCAUGUGUGUUCAAUGUGAAUAGCAUUUAAGUUGGAAAUAUUGUAAAAAAAAAUAUAUAUAUAUUUUUUCAAAAAUAUUUAAAAAAAAAAAUAAAUACUAGUAGAAAA